UUUCAGGUGUUUCAGUGUAUAUUUCUGCUCGUGUUUAAGGUGUGUUUAGGGUGUGUUUCAGGUGUUUAGGGUGUGUAUGUGUAUUGCAGGUGUGUAUCAGCCGAAUGUGUGUGUGUUUCAGGUGUGUAUUAAUGUACUGUCCCAUUCCUGUUUUUGCUUCACAGAUCUAAUUCGGGUGUAAGUGAGUCUCAGGUGUGUGUGUGUGUGUGUGUGUGUGUGUGUGUGUGUGUGUGUGUGUGUGUGGAUGCCUGCAUGUGAGUGUGUUUUGUCCGUGCGUGCGUGUGUGUGUGUGUGUGAAUGAACGCGGUCAGUAUUAGGGAGUACCAUGGGCUGCGGGUGGGCUCGGCCCUCCUCAGUAUCGUAUCCGGCUGCAUCAUCAUCGGCGUGUCUAAAGACUGCGACGCAGACGCGGUUGGGGGAGUUUUCCUCGGAGCAGGAGGACUGGGUCUCCUGAUCUCCGCGUAUCCGUUCAUCAAAGCCUGGUUCAACGUCCAUCACAUUUUACCCAACAUCGGAAACUUCAGGGUCCAGCCAAUGGCUCCAACUCCGGCCCCCGAACAGCCCUCUGACUCCCUCAGAAGAGAGGGGACGCUGGGUCAGCUGGAGCUCUCGAAGAGCCGCAUGGGGACGUUUGUGGAGGCGGGAGCUGCUGCAGCUGAGGGCUCGCAGGAAGACGGACCCUCUACAGAUGUUCCGGAUAUUCUGGGCAGGCGUAAACCCAAACUCUCAGAGGUGGACCUUCCAUAAACAUCUGAAGCUCGAACCAUCAACUGUGUGAGAGUAUUAUAACACAAUAUCAGUUAGACUCAGACCUACGGUUAAUGUCUGAGGCCAAAACCGUGUUUGUGAGUAGAUGAACCAGGGAUGAGUUAUGUAUGUUAUUAGUAUGAACAUUAGCACGUCUUGGCCAUGAGAUGUGUCUUCCCUCCUGUUGUGUUCCCUCCAUCGCCCCCAGGCCGUCUCUUUCGACUCCAGAUCAAAUGCAAAUGCGACAUUUAUUUAAAAAUCUCCAAUAUGUCUCAUUUCCAUAUCAGUGAUGAUCGAUGUACGCAAUCCUGAUGGAAGAUUUAAAACAGAUCAUUCUGACUCGGGCGGAACAGAAAGAUUGAGGAAUUUAAUAGCUUUUAAAUGUGUGUUUAAAACAAAACGCUACAUUCUGGCACAUGAUAACUACAAAUCGUUUGAGGACAUUUGUAUUUUAAAAUGUUUCUGGAUAAUUCUAUGCUGUCAAGAAA